AUGCUGAUUGGAAUAAAUUACUGGCGGUGGCAGUGGCUUUGGCUUACACUGCUAUGGACAACUUUGGCAAUUGCAGAGAAUGAUUGUGAUCUGAACGAACUUUCAAGACGCGGCGAACAGCUGCGUUAUGAGGAGGCUGCGCUUCCGGAGUACUCCCAGCUCAUCGCUCAACUCGAUCAGCAUUGUAGGGGCAAUGAAGCACAGCAUCUGCGAGGCCAGCUGCUGUAUAAGAGCGGGCUUAUCCAGGUGUCGAGCGGCAACGAAUUGGCCGCUUUAGAGACGUUUAAAACCGUCCAAGACUCGCCACUAGGCUCGUCAUCCACUUUUGCAUCUCUAGCUCACACCCGAUUGCAGGAAAUUUAUCAAAAGUUUGGGUUAUGGCAUGCAAUUGACGAUCACAAGCUAUCCCAGCAUUACGAAACUCUCAAAAAAAGUAUGUUGGCACAUUUGGAGCAUGGUAAACCGGUCCCCGUACCCUUGCGCGAAGAGUUUCAAAAAUUAUCACCAUUUUCACUGGAGACUCUCAUAUUGGCUAACGAUGCCCUUUACUUCGAUUUGUCGCAGUCUUUGAGCAUCAAUGCUGGCCAAUCGAUCCUCGACAACUACAAGACCGCUUUGACCAAGCAUAAGAAACUCAUCAGUGUUUCCGAUAAACUUAAAAUCCACCAUGCAAUUGCAAUUUUGCAAUUGUUUGUUCUAGCCACGCCUCCCACCGGACUUAUGAACUGUCUCGCUCUAGAUAUGGAGUACAAACCGUGUCGGGAUUUGUCGAAAAUCUCCAGUCGAAUCAAUAAAGUUAGCCCUUCUUUUACGGCCUUGACGCACCCGGACCAGUUUCUGUCAUUGCAUGAUUUUGAUUGGAAUAAAGUGCUGGAUUUCUAUCUUGGAAAUGCCAAACCAAUCAAAUUCGCUGAUGUAUCAGCUGCAACUAAUCUAAAUCGUUUGCAAGCAGUUGAAAAGACUCUUUUACACAAUUUGCUGCAGCAAAGACCGCUUUCGUCAGUCUCCAAGCAGUGGAUCAUCAGUGAUUCUACUGUGUCAGCUUUCUCUAUCAUAAGAGAUCUUACAUUAUGUGAGGCAUAUGACCAAACCUCCAAACCCAAAAUUGCCGAAACGUUUUGUAAAAGAGCUGCUCAAGGCAAGCUUACUCCAGAAGUAGUCACAACUCUCACAGCCUUUUCACAGAAGUUGAAUAACGUCGACAAUGCCAAGGAUACUCUUAAUAGCGUCUGGCUAGAUGCUCCGUCACUUGCCCUACACGCUAUCCGGAAUUGCAUAAGCGUUCUAUCCUCCAAAGAUAAGGCCCGCAAUGGUAUGGACACAAGCCCCGUUUGGACUUUGCUCGAAUCAUUUGUACAGGAGCACGGAUGGGAAGGGUCCCGAAACGAAGCAAUUGCGAAAGCUUAUCGAAUUAUAAAAAGUGUUAGCGCCAAGAAGAGGCAAGAGAGCCAGGAAAGGUUCCAAAAGCAACAACAACAACAGCGACAUCAGCAGCAACAGUUUUUUAGGCAUCAACAAAACUCCCCUCCUCCUCCUCCCAACGAUCUUACCAAGAAAAAUUUCUACAAAGUUUUGGGUGUUGCUAAGGACGCCUCGAGUAAAGACAUCCGCAAGGCUUACUUGACCAUGACUAGGAAGUUUCAUCCAGAUAAACAAGGGCAGAUGUCAGAUGCAGAGAAGCAAGAAAACGAAGAGAAGAUGUCUAAGAUAAAUGAGGCCUACGAGAUUUUAGGCGACCAGGAGAAACGCAAAGAUUAUGACGACCAAAGAGCAAACCCAGGCUCUCAAAGACAACAGUCUCCAUUUGGUCAAGGAAGAAACGGCGGAUUCCCCUUCGGUGCUGGCAAUUUCAAGAUGAACUUUGGGCAGUUUUGA